AUGUAUAUAUUAAUUGGUGUUAAUAUUGGAAGAAAUAAAAAUACAACAACAGAUGUUGAACAAGAUUAUACAUUAGGUAUAGAACAAUUCGGAUGUUUAGCUGAUUAUCUUGUUAUUAAUGUUUCAAGUCCAAAUACACCAGGUUUACGUAAUUUACAAAGUGAAAAUGAAUUAAAAAGUCUUCUAACAUCCGUACGUAAAGCUUGUGAUAAAAUUUCAUGUCAAAAUCAAACAAGAAAUAAACCAUUAGUUUUACUUAAAGUUGCACCAGAUUUAAAUGAAAAUGAUAUUAAAUCAAUAUCAUCUGUUAUUCGUCAACCAAAUACACAAAUUGAUGGUUUAAUUGUAUCUAAUACAACAAUAGCAAGAAUGGAUACAUUGAAAAAUGAACAUCGUAAUGAAACUGGAGGAUUAAGUGGUCGACCAUUGAAAGAAAAAGCACUUGAAACUCUUCGUUUAUUUCGAUAUUAUACUCAAGGUCAAAUUCCAUUGAUUGGUGUUGGAGGAAUUGAAACAGCAGAAGAUAUUAUUGAACGAAUGAAAGCUGGUGCAAGUCUCGUACAAAUUUAUACUAGUCUGGCUUAUUCUGGUCCUCCAUUAGUCAAUAAACUCAAUCGACAAUUAGCUACUAUAAUGAGACAACAAAAUAUAAAACAUCUCAAUGAAUUGAUUGGUAAAAACGAUCGUAGAUGA